GGAUAACAUUAUGGCAAAUGGCAAACCAACACGACACAAUUCGUCGAGUCUUCCAAGAUUUUGACACCUUCGCUUCGUUCGUUCCCGGAAGAGAGUGUUGCGAAUCAUCACACUGCACAUGUUACACUCGUCCUCAACGACCGCGGCCAUCCAGAAAUAAGUGUUCAUUGCGCAAACACAAACAGACGAUUGCCGGUGAAGCGAAGCAGCAGCAGCAACUACAACAACAGCAACCACACCAUGGAUGCCCCGCGGGGAGACGGAGAUCGAGAGUUGCGGCGGCCCCUCCUGCCGCGAAACAAAAACAACAACGCAAACGCAAACGCAAACACACGCAGCGACGGGCCCGGCGGCGACGAGGAGGCACUCAUCCUCGAGGAAUGGAACGCGUCGGUCUCCGAGUUUCUGGCCCGGGACGGCAGCGAAGAAAAUUCUCGCUGCUACUGCUGCCCCUCUUUCGACGGUGUUCCGGAAGGGGGAAGAAGUGGCGGAGACGAUCCGAGCGAGAGCGAGAGCAGUGGUGGCGGGGAGCUCCCGCGCAACUACCUUCCGGAGGCCGCUCCCUCCCGGGGGGCGCUCUGCGGAACCCUGUCGCGGAUGAUGCGAUCCACGCUCCUCCCGGAUUGCGAACCCACGCUGGGCAGCUAUUACGUACGCAGCGGCAGCAGCGACGAGAGCAACAACAACAACGAAAACGAAGGCGAGCUGUACCAACGACGGCCCAGGCGCGUCGUCGACGGCGUCGGAGUGGUCAGGUUUGCAAAGUUCGCCGGGCUGACGCUCGCAUCGAUCGCACUCGUGCGGUGCGUCGUGGUCCGAGAGUUCCCGGACCACGACCGGUACCUGCGGCUGUGGCAGGUGUUUUUCUACGAGGGCGAUUCCAUCCUCAGGGACCUCUGCGUCUUUUUCGUCGUCGGCCGGAUGCACCUGCGGCCCGGGGUCGACUGCAUCGAGUGGGUCCUGGUGGCGCUGGUGGCCAACGUGUACUUUGAGUGCCAGGGCUACCUGCCCUGGAUGCAGCACGCGGUGACGCUCUAUGAGAUGCACUGCCUGUGGCCCUGGCAGCUGUGGGCCUUUGCGGUCCUCGUCGCAUGCGCCUUUGUGGGGGUCGUGGUCGCCCACGCUUUCGUGGCUUCCAAGCCCUCAAAGGCGAUCGCCUGGAUCAAGCUGGCAGAGCUGCUGGUCUGCGCGGGGGUCUUUCUGGCACCGGUGGUUUCCUCCCCCUACUUCCACCUGCACCACUGGUUCGCCGGGUGGCUCCUCGGGAUGCACGCCAACCUCCACGAUCGGUGGUGGAGCCGGGCCACCAUGGCCUAUUGCUGGGGGAUGUACGUCAACGGGAUCGCGGUGUACGGCCGGGAUCCCCUGCUGACCUGCGACUACGCCAGGUUCCUGUCGGAAGACCAGGGGUGUCCGGUGGCACCCAUGGCGGCCGUUGGGUAUGCCGCACCGAGCCGCGACGGAGGAGGGGGCGGGUGGUGGUGGUGGUGGCCGGCGAGCCUCGCUGGGGCCGCCGGCGUGGACGGUUUGCAGCCCGCGGAUUGGAGGAACUGCAGCAGCUCCGGGUACCAUCCCUGAGCGGGCGGGCAUGGCGAGAGAGAGAGAGACGUCCGAACGAAGGAAACCCGGCACGAGUCUUGGCGGAUCGCUGCCGAUGGCAAGCUGCCGGAGUCCCGCACAGCCAUUGUCUCUGAAAAACAUGCUUCGAACCCCAAAACGAGGGCCCAAGUCGUUUGGAAGGCACCGGAACCCGGCACCGGUUUUGCACCGUUGCCGCAACGCUCGGUGCGUCGCAAGACAAGCGGAAGACGCCACGCUUCGAUCGUUCUUGGCGGGGAGCGCCGCAUCACCAAGGGACCCGAUCCUCGCGAUGCGUGCUGCUGUACUGCUGCGAGUCGCGCGAGUCGCCGCACGAUGGUUUGGAUUCCCAUGCAACGCGCACCGUUGCCUACGUAUCUCUAGGAGCGCGGUGCCAUCGCUGCUUCGCUUGAGGCGCAGUUCACCCGCCAACUCCCGGGUGGUUUCACACUAUUAGUAAUAGUAGUAGUAACUAGUAGUAGUAAUACUACAUUGCCAUCAUUUUUUUCUUCAUUGCAGCAGAUAGUUGUACUAGGAACUCAAUGUUACCAGUGUUGUGGUCAUUGGGGUGUUGUAUCGAUAAUAUGAAAAAAAUAUAUAUUAAUAGGUCUU